AUGUUUCUGCAGAACAGCACGGACUUGCAUACGCUGCUAGUCUCCUGGCUACAGUACUACACGAAUGGAACAUGGAUAUCUCCAGCAUUGCCUGUUAGUCCCGCUGCUCUUCAGCUACCGCUGCCUUUGAAUCAAGAUCAAGAGAGAGAUCAAUGGCAGGGCAUUAUUUACAUUCUGCUCAUGGUGGGACUGUUCAGUUUCUUUACUUUUGGAAUCAUGUUCAGCUACAUCCGCUCUAAGAAGCUGGAGAACUCACGGGAUCCGUACCACCAGUACAUAGCCCGAGACUGGGCCAAAGUCCUCACACCAUCUGCAGUCAUCACCCAAGCACUAAAAAGUGUCAGGAAAGAACCCACCAUCAUCAGCAACCCUGCCGUUCUGGAGGAUCUUCCAGGGUGUAGUGGUGUAAACAAGGACUUGACAAAGGAUAAUAGGCAUGAGUGA